CACUGUAUAUACUGCCGAGUUAUGCUUUUCUGUGUAUGUUCUGCCUGUGAAAAAAAUGGUGUUCGAUCUUUUGAAGAUGAUGUCAUUCAUGUCUGUAUCUUUGUAAGCACGUCGGUGUACAUAUUGUCUCUGACACCAUGAACUGACACUUGAUAAUGGGAACUGAGUACGCUCCUCUCGCACCAAAUUUACGGUCGCGCAUAAUUUGGGCUUUCACAAAUGCUACAUUAGCACUACAUUUAUUUCUACCUAAUACUCAAUCUUUUUUAUGUUCACAAAGCAAAACUUUUUUUAACUUUGCAUGUUAAUUAAAAGGCAUUUAGUUGGAUUUCUUUCUACAACUCACAAGCAUGUGAGUAUGGAUUGAGUAAAUUUAAUGUAAAACUCUUGUAAGCAUUUUUCUCCCAAAGGUAUGCAUACCUUCCGCAUGUUUGUAUGUCAUUUUGUGAUAAGUGCAAUUGCCUCCUUACAUCUCAGUGAGUGGGAGUUUGGCUCACACCCACAUAACUGUAAAAUUUAGAUUUAUUUGCUGAGCUGUUUUUCAAGUGUUUACAUUACAAGCGUACAUUUCAGUUCAUGGCAACGAUGACAAUAUCAUUAUUGCUGUUCACUGCUUAUUAUUUUCAAUGUGACUCCCAUUGUAUAUUUUGUCAUUUCAGAAGGUUAUGUACUGUAUAUAUCCUGUUUAGGGAAUUCAAAGUUCAAAAUACUCUCUGUGUUUGGUGUGGCAUUUGUUCAUUCACCCGUCAAGAGUCGUUAAUUUUUUUUUUUUAUCCCUUUCCUUCUUCGGCACCUACCAUACCAGUUUUCUGUUGCAUCAGUGUUUUUUUUUUUUGAGUUGCAUAUAGUAUAACUGCAUUUAGCACAUGGAAUAUGCAUAUGUCUCUGCACUGGGUGGCGUGGGGCUUCACCCCUCUCCUCCUCAGCUCCCCUGUGAUUGGCUGUGGUGUGGUCAUUUGAUGUGAAUCGUGUUUCUAUGUGUAUGUGAGCUCGUCACUUCGUAGACCAGGGCUUUGCUUCAGAUGAUGAAGAUGGCAUUGGUGUCAAGAACCGACAAACCCAACUUCCCAUCAUGGCAAGACCCUUCAGUGGGCCGGCAGAGGGCAGCUGCCUGGAACGCCCAGCGCCAAGACUCUUUCUCCACUUACGAGGAAGUUGAGAGCCUACACAGCCACCAGUGCUCUUCACUCCAGUCCCUGGACAAUAGUUGCUGUCCCAGCAGGCUGCAAAGCUUUGGAAGCACUUCCAGCAGCCUAGACCAGUCCCAUCCACAAGUGGAUGGAGGACCCUGGACUGGUGGCAUCCCUACCGAGGAACAAUUGCAAGAUUGCCAACACAAGGAUCAGGGCUCUUCACUGACUUCUGAUUCAACCCAAUCUGCCUCUGCAGAGGGUGGGAGAUCGGGCCACCUCAAGGGAAAAUCCAGGCGAAGUCUGAUAGAGGAUGACGAAGACGAGAUGAACUCCAGUGUUGCCAAGUGGGUGGAUCAAACCAGAGCGGAGACAGCCCGUAGGCGGUCUCACGUGGGACUGCCCGAGGACCCCCCUGUGAGAAGCCAUGAGGCACCAGAAGGGGGACAGCAGAGCAGUGCCCUGUCCAAGGAGAGGUCCCUGACAGCACUGAACAUGCAAUGUGGGGACGUGAUCCCAGGGAGGAGCGGCCGCCGUAUGCGGCUGCCAAAUGAGACAGACCUAGAACUGGCGCUGCGGGUGGAAAGCACUUCCCCAGUCAGCAUGAUUUCCCGGUGUGCCAGUGUGGAUAGCAGUCAUAGCUCAACGGGCAGUGAUCACCAUCCAGAGGGGGAAUGGACCAUUGCAGAGAAUGUCCUAAUAAACCUAGGGUUCGGUGGAGCAAGCAUUGGCAUACCCAAUCGCUUUCUGAAGUCCUGGAGGCAGCAGGUGGUCAAGCAACGGAUGGAGGAGGUUCGAAGGCUUCUGGGCAACACAACUGGCAAUCACCUGCUCCAGCAUCUGCCAGCAAAGCCCGAGAGGGCACUUUCCCCAAAAGAAAAGUCUCCACCUGCAAGGAAAGAGGAUUGGCUUAGUCAGAGCCUGUCUCAACCGAGCACCUCAGUCUGCUCCCCUAAAUCAAGCUCAAUAAAUGCCACAGGGUCUGAAGGUGCAAAUUCACACCAAAUGGAAGAUGCUGUCAUGAGCAGGCAGCGGGGAGCUGAUAAGGCAAAACUAGCAGGGCUCCGACGCUCUCUGAGAAAGGCUGCAACUGUGUCCUCAUUUGGACAGACGCUCUCAGAGAUAUCCAAGCAGGGUCCACCCAACCAUCAAGUCUUAGCCCUCCAACAAGGGGAUCAGCCUCCCGCAGCUAGAAGAUCACCGGGAGGAGGGAAGUACAGUCCCUUUCACAAGAGCCACAAAUCAAGUUCCAGGGACAGACGGAGAAAGUAUAUGAAGAGGCAGAGCUCACUGCCCAUCUCCCUUGAGACCCUUCAGGAGGAGGAUGAGAGCUUUAAACCCGGGAUGGUCAAAUCAAAGCAAACAGAAAAUGAAAUCCCCAGUGCCCGGAAGCAUCUCCUCAAACCACAGAGUCUAGAAGUGGGAGAUGAGCCAGCCUUUCACUGCAAAUUGAAGAUUGUCAUGGAGCAGCCCAGUGUCGAAUCGCGGGAGGCCAUGUCCAGGCAAGGCACAACUGAUGUGGAUGUAGAUGAGGCCAUUGCUGAUGUUGACACAGACAAGAAAGAUCACAAAGUGAGCAUGGAGCAGUACCUUGUGGUCAAAGCCAUAAUUGAUUCCAAGGAUUCAGGAUUUGAAAACGAGCCGUCCCGGACAGGAAGCCCACAGAUUUCACCCCGGAGCAGUGAGGAUGAAACAGUGCGCGGCACCUGUUCAACAACAGUCACCACUGCAGAGUCUAAAUUCAGGAAAGCCAGGUCUGGUGAACUCCUAGACAGUAAAUCUGAUAGUUUGCUAGUGACCAUUCCCUCAAAAGAACUAGGCAUUACAAGCAAAUCAGGUCUUUUGACUUCCCCCAUUAAAAGCUUCCAGAGUCAGCUCAACUCACAGAAAGAGUUGCCUGAUAAAGAGGAGCUUCCUGUUGCAUUGGAAAAAUCUACACCAGACACUUCCGAUGCCCAUGUAUCUUCAGAGCUCUUACCUCAAACUGACAUGAGAGACACAAAAGUCAAGGGCCGCUCUUUCAGUUCAAGCAGUGAGAGAAGGGGACCUUCACUUGCAGAUAUCCAGGAUGAUUUUCACCUGACCAUCAUAGAAGAUGAGGAUGAUGACAAUGUGUUUGACUCACCUGGGGGAAGUGUCAUCUCUGAGUCAGUCUCAGCCUGUUGUCAGACCAGUCCCACCUUGCACUCCCCUCUACUCUCUCCACUUUCCUUCCUUGGAUCGAUUAGCGAACACUCAGAUGGGCACAGCUCCUCGCCAGAAAUAUUUGUCAUGCCAAGUAGUUCAACUGUAGCUGCAGUCGAGGAAAAUCAUGAUAGCCACAUGGAGAGGCGCGACUCACUUGAAUCCGUAAUGACCACAGCAGAUAGACUUGUCUCUGAUCUGCCGCUCAGAAAUCUGAGCCAGGAGAUAUCCGAUGGAGGACUGUCAAUCAUAACUGAGAAAGAAGAAGAGCAAGGGGCAUCCCAGGAACCCUCUGAUCAAGUCUCCGUAAUGGAUAUGACCAGUCAAGAUAAUCAAGACAUACCUCACACAGCAGACAACAACAAAAACUCAGGUAAUGCAGGUCAGAACCUCUUCCAUUAUGAAGAUCUGCAUCAAAAUUUUGGCACCUUCGAGCAGUUAGCCUCCAAUCCGAUCGAGAAAUCCCGAAACCCCUUCAAGAUGGCUGACAGCUUUUACUCCUCCCCUCACCAUUCCAACGUUGAUUUUGAUUUUGAUGCCACCAUUGAAGAGGACGAGGACGGAGAGCAAUAUUCCGAUGGGGAGAGCUUCUCUAAAGUCACCUUUUCCGAAGUAACCCCGAUGGCAUAUGAGACAUCUGACCUUGGCAUGAUGCCAGCUGCCGAACACAUCGACAAUAACGCUCACAGCAAGGAAAGUCAGGAUUCAUUUUCCCAUCUGCCAAUGGAUGAGGAUAGCCCUGAUGCUCAGAGUGCACAGUUGGAAAAAACAGAAGUCAAAAAGGAAAUCUCAUCUGAGAGUUUGGAGGAUAAAUCAGUGGCUGGUGUGAACUCUACUGGAUCAUGCCUACAAGAUAAUACCAACUCUGAUUGGGAGGGAUUUGUUUGUGAUGAUGCAACUAAAUCUGGUAAUCUGAGGGCCCCAAGUGAUGCUGUCAUUCUGAACAAACAUCCCAUCCCAGAGAAUGAUAUUCUAAAUAAAGCAGUAGUUCAGCCUGAACUGGUAAUCUCCACUAGUGAUGACGGCAAAAGCGAGGAAAAAUUUAACACUUACGAGGAAUAUAAUGAUCAUUGCCCGCACAACAGUCAUCCUGGGAGCUAUGGCAUAUGCACCUCAUUAAAAGCUGAUGAACCCUCCAAGGAUGCUAAGAUGUGUAACCCCCAAGGAAAUGAAAGCCAAUUACCUAGCGAAGGAGAAUUCAUCACUGAUCACAUUGCUCAUAGAGGCCAGGAUGCAGCCAACAAACCAGACAGAAGAAUCCUCGUGGGAGACACUGUUCAUUCUGAAAAUUUUAAGGUGUCCGAUUCAUUAACAGAAGGUGGCUUGCUACAAGCCCGUGAAAUGAAGUUAACCUCAGCAAUUACAAACCAUUUCCUUGCUUUAGGACCAACGGAAAAGGGCACUAAACCUUUGGACCAAUUGCAGAAAGAAAGACACACCAUUGAGGAAUGGAAGCUGGGAUUGGAUCAGCCCCAGAUCAUGAGGAGCACCUCCGUGGAAGCUCACCUGAGUUACCAGCGGAGGAAAUUGCGGACACUCAGCGAGCGCAGCACCCUGUACAGCGAUGGAAUGGAGCCCCUGCUGUCGGGCUUUGGCCGCGUCAUCACUGAGCGCAGCAGUUCCUCCACCGAGGGAUUCGGCUCACUGGGUUCUGACAUCUUCCGUCGCCCGCUGACCGUGACGGAGACCUUGCAGCAGGUCGCUGCCAAGUUGGAAAGCCAUGUCCGGCAGCGGAGCCUUGUCAGCAUCCGGGACGAGGAGGGUGAGGAGGAGAAUGAGCAGAAAAUGCCAGCUCCUGAAAAACCAGCUAUCCCUGGAAUAAAGGGAUCAGCAGAAUUGGAUUCCACUGGGGAGAGAAAUUGUGUUGCGCCAGAGCAGAAUUGGGCACAUCAAAUGCUCGAUGAUGAGGGUUAUGAGGAAGUAAACACCAGAGAUGAAAAUGACAUCACUGUCCCAAUUGUUGACAAAGCCACCAUAAAAAUGUCAAAAAAUAUUUUAGUUAGAAAAGAAGCAGAAAAUUCCUUUAAACUGUUGGAUAAAAAUAUGCUUCAAGGUAACAGCGCUUGCACAGCUACUUUUUCAGCUGUGGAUACAAAAGUUGUGGGGCCAAACAUUCAAGUUGAUGAAAGCAGUGAUGAUUGCAAAGAAGUGAGCAAGUCAGACUUCACAGUUCUGGCCAGUACUUCCGCUGAUGACUUCUCAGGUUUCACUCCUAAAAUCACAACCAGCUCCAGGAGGAAGAGUUGGCAAUUUCAGGCGACCACUUGCCGUAAAUCCUCCAAUUUUCUCUCAGUGCCGUCCUUUGGUCCGCUGACCGACUCCAUCAGUGGAAACCCUCUUUCUGCAAGUCCGAGCACAACACAGUUGAACUCAGAAGUGGGACUACUCCAAGAAAUGGUCCCUGUCACAGAGGAGACUCUUGAAUAUUCAAAGAGUGAAGGAGGCAGGGACCAAAACAUGUCCGUCCCAUCAGGGUUCACUGAUACUGGUGAUGUACCCCAAACAGCAGACUUGCAAGUCUCUUGUGACUUUGUAAUGGGACAUGUAAAUGAUGAGAAAUAUCAAAAUAGUCAGGACAAAUCUACAGUUGACCUGUGUACAGAAACAGGCACAGAACAAGAGGGUCAAAAUAAAUCUGCACAAGCAGCUGAAUUUAUGAAAGAGACUCACUCCAUUUUGAAACGAAGUCCUCAGUCAAUUUUGGUUUCUUUUGAUCUCGUUGAUGAUGCUUUGGGGAGUUGUGAAAAGGACCUACUUUCACCACUAGACUGUGCUGAAAUGCACUCUCAGCCUGAUUUAGUCUCCCCUACUGGCAGCAGUGUUUCUGAAGUGGAUAUAGAGAGAAUACAGCCAGCAUCAGAUUUUGUGUCUGUGCAAGUGCUGCCUACGAGCAAUUCCAGUCCAUCCCAGUGUGGUGCUGUUGUUCACUCACAGUUCUACAAGUGUGAGAAAUUUAUGAUUGUCUCAACCUCGUCCGAUGGUAGGAUUGAUUUUGCUGAAGCCGGAGAGGAUGACAGCAAGACAUGCAAGUCUCACCGAAUCUUGACCUUCCGGUCGGAAGUUAAAAUUCCCUCUUUGUCCAGCGCUUGGCAGAGAUUCUCCGCCCAGCCGGCUUGGGGCGGCUCAAUGAGCUGCUCCCAGACGAGCCUCAGUCUAGACUGUCCCUCGCCUGUCCCUGCGUCCCGCCUCUCACCGACAUUCGAGGAGAUCUGCAGCAAGGCAGGGAAGCUCAUGCAGCAGUUGCAGGAUGCCCUGGCGAGCGAAGCCCCUGGUAACCAGAUGUCGCCGGCAGCUACAGAGAGCAGAGAUAACAUGGGCACUGAUGAAAAUGAGUCACAGCCAGGGGAGGAGGAGGGUGAAGUGAGAAGCAGAUAUCGUCUUGCCAAGCCAUACUCCAGAGAAAACGACAAUCAUCAUCCAGGAGAUGCUGCAAGGAUAAAACUGGAGAGCAAGAGGAGGAAAAAGAAACUUUUGUGGGAUGGCAGAGUUAAGACAUCAACCCCAAAGGCAAAUCCUGGUGGCAGACACCAGGGAGACAGUGGCCGAGAGAUGGAGGGAGACGUGGAGGAGGGAACCAAUAAUGACCACCUAGCGACUGUUAGAGAACUGCUUGAGACAGAGACUAAGAUGAGAAGAAAACUGGAUGAACUGGAGUCUAGUUUUGAGGAGGUAUCCUCCAGAAAACAGGAUGCCUUGACUGAUCUGAAGAGGCUCCGUGAGGCUGUCCAUCGUAACAAGCGAGACAUCCAGAAAGCAGAGGAGAUAGCUAGGGAGAAUAUGGAGAGAGCUGAUGGCCUCAGGUCGGAGUUGAUGGUCUUAGAGUACCAGCGAGAUCAGGCCCGGCGUGAUCUGGAAGACCUGACCAAGUCCAUUGGAUCCAUCAAGCAGUCACAGAGUCACAGAGGCACCGAAGAAGUAAAUGCUGGUACAGGCACUAAUCUGCUUGGGCUAUCCCCAAAAGAGGUGAUCGCGGUCAUCAAGGAGCGGGAUGAGCUGAAGACAAGGCUGCGGAACGGCGAGGGAGACCUGUCCCCCAUUGAGCGGUCGGAGCUGGAGAGGCAGCUCAACCACACCAAGCAGGAGCUGUUCAGUGGGCAGAAAUCGUCCCGGGAGAAGUUAGAAUCCCUGCAGGAGGAGCUGGAAGAGAGCCGCCAUACCAUUGAAGAACUGCUGGUGGAGAAGACCAACCUUGCCGAGAAGGUGAAGGAACUACAGGCCACGGUUGGCUCGGAGCACACUGAUGGAAUGCACUCAGACAUAGAGGAAAGGAACCUUCUCCUGGAGCAGCUGAGUGGCAAGCUCCAGAAGGAACUGGAUGCCUUGCGGCACCAGACCCACGAGAAGGACCAACGGCUGCAGUCCCUGGCUGCAUCCGUCUUGGAGAAGGACAAGCUGAACGAUGCUCUGAGGGACCAGGUGCUGGCGGCACAGCGGGAGGCAGAGGAAGGGCAGAGGGAGACAGAGAGGGUUGUCCGAGAAGCCCAGGGGAAGAUGCGGAAUGCCGACGUGGCAAAGGAACUGGCACUGGUGGAACUGAGGGAGGCACUGCUGAGGGAGAAGGAAGAGGAGAUUGAACAACUCAAACUGAGUCUUGAGAAGGAUAAGAAGGAAGCACUCACUGCUUUGGACCAGAAAACUUCAGAGAUGAUGAGGAUCACUCAGCGCUCACUUUCAGAGAAAGAGGAAGACCUGAAUGUAGUCAAGAUGCAGCUGGUGCAGCAUACGGAGGAAGCCAACAAGAUGGAACAGCAGCUCAGGGAACAGGCAGAGGAGCAGGUCCAGGCGGCCGUGGAGAAAGAGCGGCGGGCGAUGGAGGAGGAGUACACCCGGAGGCGGAGAGAGGAGAAUGUGGAGAAGGAGCUGGAGGUUGCCAAGGAGACGUCGCGGUUGCAAGGCGAGCUGCACGUAACCAAGCAACGGCUGGAGCAGAUGCAGACAACAGUCGGUGUCCUGAAGGAGGAACUGGACAAAUUACGGGAGGAGAAUCUGGCCGCUGGUCGGGAGAAAGUGGAGGCGGUGUCUGAGGCGAGAGAGAAAGCCAGGGAAGAUAUCCAGAGGGAGUUAGACCAACUCAGGGAACAGCUUGCCAAGGAAAACCUACUUGAGGCGGACAAACUUCGCAUGAAAAUCCGCCAGCAGGAGGAGGAGGUAACCAGGCUGAGGUCAGAGGUCAAAGUUCAUCAGGACCGCGAGGCCAAGUCAGCUGGGGUGACGGGAAGCAAGAGCAUCCUGGCGGAGAUCAAUGAGGAGUGCAAGAGGACGGCAGCAGUCAUCGGCUCCGCGCCGCUGAAGAUGAACAUCUCAAGGGGUAGCAAGUCCCUCAACGGAACCCGGUCACCAAAGAGCCCACUCCACGGCAUGCCCGACUCUGCCCAGGGCCCUGGCCGCACCCAGGUCAUGGCCGCCCUGACCAACCUCAGGAUCAGCAACGAGGAGCUGCGGAACUACGUGCAGAGUCUGAAGGCCGACCUUGAGAGACAGAAGAGGGCGCUGUCCAAAGCGCAGAAAGAAAAGGAUGAAGAGGUGAAAAAAGUUGCAAGUACAAUUGAGAAGAAAUCUGGAGAUAUGGACACGAUGAGAGACAGGCUGAUACAGGAUCACCUGGUGCAGGUUGAGGAGCUCCAGCAGCAGAUAUCCCGGCAGCGGACGGCUGAGGCCUCCCUCCAGCAGCGCCUCCUGGACAAGGACUCUGAGCUGAAGGAGAUACAGCAGAGCAUGACCCAGUGGAAGGAAGAGACGGCCCUCAAGAUGGCCAAGAAGUUUGAGGAGGAGCUCAGCAAGGAACUGGAGAUUCGUCUCCAGGAGGCAAGCAAGAGAGAUGGGUCCUACCGAGGAAGCCAAGCCGAUCUCAGGUCUAGAAACUCUUCGGGGAAUGGUAGUCCCUCCACCGUCUCCUCGGCUAGCGACGCCUCCACCAUCCGUCUCCUGAGGCACCUGCAGGAGAGAGUCAAGCAGCUGCGGUCGGAGAACAUGAGCCUGAGGAGGAGCAGCCGGGGCCCGUUUGAGAGCUCAGGGGAGGAGAGGGCCAGCCCACACUCCAGCAAGCACAGUGAGAGUGACGACAAAGACCACCUUCUUUACCAGCUGCAGCAGCGAGUCAAGCUUUUGGAACGGCAGCUGCAGGUGGCCGAGGAACGCUGCCGAGAGAAUGCUGCCUCCGUUAGCGAAAAGAUCUCUGAGAACAGCCGGCUGCAGGGGGCCCUCACGCAGCAAACCAAAGAACUGAUGAAGAUGGAGCGAGCCUAUUCCAAGCUAGCCAGUCCAACUCGGACCCCCGUCCGUCUGUGAUAAACCGUCCAUAUCUUCCACGAGACUGCCAUGAAAGUUUGCCGACAAACCAACCUCCUUAACUGAAACCAUCGGUGCAUUGGCCAAGAAGGAGUGAAUAAACAUGUUCCAUGUAAUUUAGAGCAAAGUGGUUCCAAAUCAGCUGGUGGCUUUUCCACAGUGUGUCUUGUGGACCUAGUUUUCUUGAGUAAAUCCUCACCAGGGGCACCCUCAGAGAGAGGCGACAGACACUUGAACACCGUCAGCAUGGCUCACCUGGUGAUCCUGCGGAAACCAUGAUGCAUUUGUGCACAUUACAAUGAAAAUGCAUUGUGUCCCAGACAAGGUAGCCAUCGUGAUUGAUCACACCGAGUAAUCUAAUGUUGCAAUGUGAAAUUUCAGCCCCAAGCUUGUGGUUUCAGAACUUAAAACCCAUUGAGAAAAGAAGAAACACAGUUUAGUUACAGCAGACAGCUUUUAGGGUCCUCAACCCUGCACACAUUUGUUGUUUUUGCACAAACAUGAAGAAAAUGGAAGAGAAGAAUUUCAGCCACUCACCAUCGGGUGAACAUUUGUUCUGAAAGAAUUGAUCGUUCUGCAGAGCAAGGACCUCACAGAGAAAUUACACUCAAUCAGUCGUCACUAUUUCUUGUGGCUUUGUGGGAAUAGGCAACAUAAUUAUUAUUUCAAGACCAGAUUUGAUACGCACACAACAGCCUUAAGUUUUUCACAAGUCACUGAACAUGGCAUCUGUAUUUUUUUCCGCGUGUUUCUCUGUGAAUAUUUGCAGUUUUUUAUGUCUGCAGUGAGCUGACUGAUCUGUCCACAUAGGUAACCCAUUACCCCGUUUAUUUUGAAUUGAACUUUAUUAUCAACUCAGUGUUUGUGUUUAUCCACACUUUUGGAUACAGAUUUAUUUCUUGUACAUGCAACAUUGAAGAAAAUGUUGAUGGGAUAAUUUAAAAUUUACUGACAAUUUUUUUUAAGUGUGUUUUCCACCAUGAAAACUGAACAUAAAAUGACUUUCCGGUCGGCUAACACAGGGUAUUUAAAAUUUAAUUUUUUUCAAUUUUUAUCAUGGGAAAAUACAGAGAUUCUGUUUGUUUACGCCUGUGUGCUACUUUUAAUGUUUGUGUCUUGAUUGCUCUUUGUAUAUAAUUUGAAGUGAAAGUUCAAAUUAUUUCUUUUAUAUAAAACAUUUUAGCAUUUUAAGAUUUUCCAGAUGUGCCUAUUUGAUUGAAAUAGUUAAAUCACGGUGCAUGCAUUCAUUUUUUAAAAUUACUUUCACACAUUCCCACCAUGUGAUUUACUGAAAUUAGACCAAAGCAAAAAUUUUAGACUUGUAUGUUAAUUCGUAAAUUCUGUAGAUUUCUAUUAUCUGUCCGAUCUUUCAUUUUAAUGCAAAAAAAAUGUGUGUAAAUACUGAAUGAAAUUAUUUAUUCUAAAAAAAUGCACGAUUGUUUGAAUUUGCUGAAGUGUCAGCCCGAUUAUGCAAAAUUUUCACUUUGGAAAUUUCCUUUGAUGUGAAAUGAAAAUCAACCAUUUUGGUAUUGCAGGAAGAUAGUAUGAUUGCUGGUUUGGUUCUGUCGGAAGGACACGAGUUGAAUGAGUUCUUUGAUUUGGAACUUGCGUGAGCCUGCGUUUUAAAGAAAUGCAUUUUUACUGUGAUAGCGCUUGGUUGUAAAGCUACAAGUUCUGCCGCUGGCUUGUUGCUGUCUUCACAAAAACUGGCAGAUCGAUUUUUUGGAGUCUUGAAUUAUAUUUUUUUAAAAGAAAAUGGCGAGUGUUGUUUGUUGGGAUCACGUGCUUUUCCUUGAGAAUUUUGUAAAAUGUGAUUAUUUAUCGUGAAACAACUUCCAACUGGAGCUAAAUCCACAUCACUUGUUCAUUGUUGGUUGAACUCACAUUCCCGACGAGUAAAUUUUCUUACAUUUGAAUGGUUUGUCUAACCUUAACGAAGUAAUGAAAUAGUGAUUGUGUUUCUUUUAAAGGAAACCUGCCGUUUUUAUCCGUCUUAAUUCAAACGAUUUCUCCUUCUCUAAACUGUUCCGUGGAAACGAGGUAUUGACAUUUUAAUGACUGUCCAAAAGACAUACAUUCAUUACAACGUCAGUACCUUUUUUACCGAGGAAAAAAUGUUUUCAAGCCCCCAGAACAAGGUUUGGGUCUCCAAAACGGCACUAAAAUAUUUUUGUGUAACCUUUUUGAUUUAUUGGAAUGUGCAUGAACCUGACGCGCAUUUUAUUGUUAUCGAUUUUAUAUUCUCAGUAUCCCUCAGAUAUAAGGGUGGAUAUGGUAACGAUUGAACUCGAUUCAUAGUUGACAAAUGCAUCUUUUUUUCACUUCGCAUAAAUUGACUCACGUGUGCAGUUGGUCGAUUUUACUUCCGACCCGUUACAGCGAAGAGAAUUUCAUACGGCAACCUGGUCGAAGCGAUCGUGAGGAUGUCUGUUUGAAGCGGAAAGGAAGAUUAUCUCUCCGAGUUUUCUGUUCACGAAACGUUAAGCUCAUUCCAAAUAAUGCACCUUUAAAUAUUCCGUCCGAAAUAGUUUAUAGAUAUAAAUAGUUUAUCAUACUAUGACUCCACUUAAUAUUGCACUUAUCAUGACCACAGUCUUGUUCAUUGACAAUGGCAUAUAUUCUCCAAACGUGUACCACGUCAUGAUAAUUAUGCGUUUUCCCGCAGUAUUCUUGUAGAGACUCUAUUAUCGUGAGUACUUGUAGUUUUACUGUUCAUAUGCACAGACUUCACAAACCAACUAGCUGAAGUUAUUUUUUUUCUGGCACCUUAACAGUAAAUAAAGAGCCGUUUAUAUGUUCUCAUGAACUUUGAACUUGUAACCCAGACUGGGCCUAUUAAACUCUGUUCAGUACCGUUGGUCUUUGUUUUCUCUAGUGCUUAACAGCCACUGAGAAAUAACAAAAUGUGACUUCGAAUUAUUUAAGUAUGGCAUGCGUAUUCUAUAUCAAUUUGUCGGUCUUUCAAGCGUAUAAUUGUACCUUGGUAUGUUGAAUUCUUGCGGGGACCCUCCCGUCGAGGUUUACCUUAAGAUAUCCUGAGCGCAUUACACUCAGUUGACCAUAUAAUUACACAAAUCGAGUUUAAGUCACGUACGGACUGAACUUUUUUUUCGGAGACUGCCUGACAACGAAUUGUAUUUUUAAACUCAGAAUUUUAUUUCAAGAAUCGUUCAAGAGUAUAAUGUGAUCAUUUAAAUUUAGAGAAUUGUAUUUUGAUAGAUUAAUUAAAGUAUUUUGAAUACGAUUUA